AUGAAUCCAAACAUCCCUAUUCCUCCACCACCACCUGGAUGGAGGGGAGGACCUCCUGGUGGACCUCCAGGUGGCCACCCCCCUGGACCUCCAGGUGGAUUCCCUCCUCCUGGGGGUAUGCGACCUGGUCCCCCAAAUCAUCAAGGACAAGGCGGAGGACCCCCACCGCAGAAUCAACAGUUCAACCUGCCUACCCGCCCAGCAAAAGUCAAUUCAUCUAAAAUCGUCGACAUUACUCCCCCUCGAAUAAUGGAUGAGGCGGCAAGCAGGAAAAAGCUCACUACGUACGCCGUAUAUACGGUGAAGAAGGCGAUCCCGAGGGGUAAAGAAUUACCAACAUGGGCACGCGCUGAGGUUACAGAGGAGAGAUUGGACCAGGCGGAUAUUGCCAAGCAGGUCAAGAGGUUGAAUGAGAAAAGUUCCAAAUCGGUUGCAGAGCAGAAGACAGCGCUGGCGCCUAACCAGCAAGGCCAAGUCGUGAAGGUACUGGACGAGCUCAUAUCAAAAGAGCGCGACUCGAACUUCAUAUGGUCACUGGUCCAGAUCGACAAGGAGGAGCGGAUCAUCAAGGUGAGGAAACCAUCGUCAUCCAAAAGGGAUUCGUCUUCCAACAAGAGAGAGACGACAACUUUAACGAUCUAUGCGAUGAGGGCGCCACAGCCGCACGUCAACUGCAAAAUGCUCAAUGAGCUAAUCGAGAAGCAUCGCGUAGAGAUGCUUGUGCAGCAGAACCGGCCAUCAAUGCCCAACCAGCAAGGGCCUGGCAAUAUGCAACACAAUAACAACGGCCCACCACCAAGGGGCAACAGUAGUGGACCAGGUGGACCUGGUUUUGUCACAAUGCCUCCCAGAAACAACAGCCCAGGGCGACGGGGAAAGAGUAAGAGUCCUGGACCUACAAACCGGAGGGGUUCGAAGAAGUAUCACGACUCCGGAUCUGACGGUUCAGACUCCGACUCUGCAGGCUCAGAUAGCGAGUCGACGCGGAGUUCAUCCAACGCCACAACCAUCAGCUCCAAAGGACACGGACGCACUGGCAGACGUAAUAGCCAUUCGAAAGCCCAAAAUCGAUCCUACUCCCGUCACAGACCUGAGCACGCCAGGGAGCACAAAAAGAAGUACUACGUCGAAGAUAGCAGAGAUCCGUCACCCAGACGCCCAUUCGAUGAUAUGCUUGCUCGUCAGCCCCUUCGCCCACCAUUUGUGCCCGAAGUUCACCGAGGGAUACCAGAGCCGGGCUUCGACGCCGUUGCUGCUGCGUAUCAGGCUGGCAAGAUAGACGCAGAUGCCGAAAGAUUUGGACUGAACGAACGUUACAUCCCUCCUCCGCGUGCCAUUGAACGACCUGUUAUUAUCGAACAGCCGAGAGCAGUCGUAUCAUAUGGGAGACGUGAGAGUUUCGCUGGUCAUCCAAACUCUCCGCCGCGCAUCACCCAGGCUCGAUAUUCCCCUCCCGUCAUAUCUCCUCGCCUUUUGCCUGAGCGAUACGCCGAAGGUCGUCUAGGGUAUCGUGAUUUCCGCCCCGAAUCACGUGGAUAUGGAUUUGACCGUCGCGAGUUUCGACCAGAACCAAGAAGCUACCGCCCUGAGCAUCGGGCUUCCAGAGACUACCCGUCGGAUUAUCACGAUGAACUGGACUCCGAGCGAUCAUUUUCGCCGGAGCCACCAAGAUUCCGUGGAGUCGACUAUCAUUCCAGGGAGCGUGAUGCCGAGGAGUACAUUGACCGGGAACGACCUGUUUUUGAGCGUCCCCCCUUUCACCGUCGGGUGACGGAACCGCGAAUUCCUCCCAUUCGCAACGACCACCAUCCGUUUGCGCCGCUUCGUCGUCGUUAUUCUCCGUCUACGAGCACCACAGAUAGCGGUGGUUGGUGA